GGGAGGGAUAGAGUGAGCGAAAGAGAGUGCGUGACAGGGAGGAAGAGACAGAGAGACUGACUGAGAGUAGAUAGACAGACUCACAAAGAAAAAGAGACAGAGGUAUUUUGUAAAUGAGAGAGUGACUGAUAGCGAAACAAAGUGCAGGCAGGGCGCAGGAGGAGGAGGAGAUAGAGAAGGAAGGAAAAGAGAGGAGGAGGAGGAGGAGGAGAGAAAGAAAGAGAGAAGGAGAGAGGGCAGUCUGCCAGUCAGCAGUAACCUCAGCUCAACUCUCUGCCCUACCUGCGCUCUCACUCUCACUCUCAGCCAUGCUGGACUUCAAACUGUGAGCCACAGGGAGAGUGGACGCUUCCCCCUCACGACGACUCGCGCCGCCGGACAACUCCUCGGACACACACACUCUCUUUCACGCACACUCACUCACACUCCCGGGUCAGCAUGGAGGAGGCCGGCCUGUUGAAGGAGCGACUGCAGGCCAUAACGGACAAAAGACGAGUUCAGGAGGACAUCGCGAAGAAAAGGAGACAAAUCGAAGAAGAGAAACUCAAACUUCAAUAUCUGAAGAAAAAAGCCCUGCGUGAACAAUGGCUGAUGGACGGGCUGAGCGGUCAGACGGAGGAGGAGCAGGAGGCCCUGAAGACCCAAGCUCAGGAUGACCAGCAGCAAACUGAACUGCUGCAAAGCAACAUCAGCAGGAUAGAGGAGGAGAUUGAGGCCCUGGAAGCCGAGGAGAUAAGGAUCUCUUCAAACGAACAGCGCAUUCUCAAACGGCUCAAGGAGGUGGAGAAGACCGCCGAGGACAUCAUUAAGGAAUUAAAUGCUGAUAUCCCAAAAGAGCCCGUACAGUAUAUUUACUCCCCGAUUCCUGAUAUGCCAAAGACUUACAAACCUUCACUCUUAAGGAAGAAAAGCCCAAAGCAAGAACCUGAUGGUGACCCAAAGAGGGCCAUGUUUGCCAUGGAGAUCAGCGUGGAGCUUGACAAGCGCACUGGCGAGAGUCAGGUCCUCUCCUCCACGACCAUCACCACAGAUGACAUCCAGAGCAAAGGCGUGAAGGUCUUUGAUGACGGCCGGAAGUCUGUCUACGCCCUGAGCUCGGACGGACGUCCCCUCGAAUCCAAAGGCGUGGACGAGCUCAGCCCCGGCGAUGUGGAGGAGCUCUUGCGCAAGGCUGAGGAGAAGAAGACCCCUCCUGAUGUCCAGCUCCACGAGCCCGUGUUUUCGAGCCCUUACAGCCGACCCAACACCCCGAGGAAAUCCGACCGAGACCAGAACAGCCCGGCACCCAACGGACUCUGGACGCCCACCAACACCCCGAGUCCCCUUCCGGCCGACAGGCAGGCCACGCCAAGCCCACGGCCAGCGACGCACUCUCCUUUGCACAUUCCAGACCCACCGAACUACAGUGUUUCAGGUGGCAAACUGUCGCCGUACCCGACCCCCAAGAGCGCCCAGACGAACGGUGGCAGAGGGACACAGAGGGGCACAGACGGGCACAGGGUGAGCCCCGCACGGAGCCCCAUGCCAGGGCUCAAGGGGGAGAUCUUCUUUGGGGAAGACUCCGGACUUGGGCUGGGGAGGGUGUCGCCGCUCCACUCCGUGAUGGAGGACACCCGGGUCAGCAUGGCCGACACACUCCCGUCCGACAUCGAUCCCGACGAGCCCGUCACCAUGAUCUUCAUGGGCUACCGCACCGCCGAGCAGGAAGAGGAAGACGAGGGCUUCCAGGCCGAACUGAUCGUGAUCGGAGACGAAGACGAGGAGCACAGCGACAACUCUCGUCCUAACGACGACGACGACAGCUCGCUGUCCUUUCAUCCCGAGGGCUACCGCAGCAAGGUCUUCUCUCCCAGCAAGACUAACAUGCACCGUUCCGAGGUGCGGCCCAGUGGCGUCCGGAAUCGCUCCCAGCCCCCAGCAGACAUCUACAGCAUGGAGGACCCCUCCGCCUCAGCUUUGAGGCUGAAAAUGGCACAGCUAGGAAAGCAAGCAUAACAGCCAAAGAAUAGAACUCCCGCCUAUGUCUGCCAUAGAUAUUCCUUCAAGAGGAUGAACAAAAAAAACAGGAAAUCAAAAAGCUCCGGGUGUUUGCUCUCUUUUUCUCUUGAACAAGGACAUGACUGAAAAAAAAAACUGCUGUUAAAAAAAACUGAUUAGCUUGUGAGGAGGAGUUGGUCUCAUCUUUUCACUGCUUAAAAUCACUGUUGCCUUUCUUCUGAUUCAGUGUGCUUAAACCAAAACUGUAUCAUGUGGAGAAUGUACAUACAAUGUAAGUCUGUGAGUCUGUUUGUGUUUAUAUGUACCUUCUUUGUCUUUCACUUGCUCACAUUUAAUGUGAAUUUAGCAACUGUGCAGAAUAUAUAUCUUUGCUUGAUAUGUCCCUUAUAAACAGAAGGGGUAAAGCUAUCAGUAAUCUAUUCCAAGACAAUAAUGCUUUAAAAGAUGAAUUGCUGAAUUCCCAGUUUUCUCCAUCCCUUUUGAUCAUACUGCUUUUCAACUUCAUUAAAAAGUGUUAAAAGGC